AUGCAGGAGGAGCCCUUUGUCUGGACAAAGCACUGGUAUCCUCUUGCAGUCGUUGAGGAUCUGAAUCCACAAAAGCCGUUCGCCACCAAGCUGCUUGGGAAGGACCUCGUCAUCUGGCAGGAUGCCGACAAGCAGUGGCGCUGCUUUGAGGACAUCUGUCCCCACAGGCUGGCGCCGCUAUCUCAGGGCCGCAUAGAGCCGAGCGAUGGCAGCCUGCAGUGCUCGUACCACGGCUGGCGCUUUGGCGGCUCUGGCGCUGCAAUUGCCAUCCCUCAGGCCGCGCAUGACAGCCCCCAGUCUGAGCGCACCUCCCUCGCCUCAAAACGCUCCUGUGUCGCCACGUACCCUGUCCAGGUGCAGCUGGGCCUGGUGUGGGUGUGGCCAGAGUCCGGCCCCCACGCCUUCAUUGAAAGCUCUGCAGAGCAGCCUGCCCUGAACCAGCGGGUCAAAGAAGUGGCACCAGAGGACGUGGCGCUGACGACAAACCAGAAUUUUGUGAGGGACUUCCCUGUGGCCUAUGACAUCCUUUUUGAGAACAUCAGCGACCAGGCGAGGCAUUGCCACUAUACCUUGACUUCUUUUGCAUCAAUGUUCCUGCUCUGGACUGUCCUAUCGCACCUGGCAAGCCAGUGGGCCAAUCACUUUGAGGUGACAAAUUUGAACAAAGACAAGGGCCCGGGGGACGCAUAUACAUAUGACCUGGAGUGGUCUCCCGACGCCAUAAAGCCCCCCAUCAACCAGAAAGUCAAGGGUGUACCUCCGGCUUACAUCGAGUACUUCACGCCAAAGGAGGAUGGUAAAUUCACGGCGCUGUGGUUCUAUGUCAUACCCCUUGACGAGCACUCCACGCGUGUCAUCAACCAUGCCGUCGUCGUGCAGCCGCUACCCAAGCUUGUCAAGGUUCUGGCGGCGGCUCGUCCGCGCUGGAUAGACCACCUGCUACUGAACGAGAUAUUCGACGGCGACAUGGCGUACCUGGCGCAGGCGUCUGCCAACUCCAAGCGCCGCGACGGCUUUGGCAACUCCUGGGCCCAGGACUACUACCUGCCCGCCCGCGCCGACGGGAGCGUGCUGGGGUGGCGCAAGUGGUACCACAAGCAGGGAGGCGGCGGCUUCUGGGAAGCUUCUGGGCGCGAGGCCACUCCUGCACCGGUGCUGACGCGCGAGCAGCUGCUGGACCGCUACCACCAGCACACCCAGAACUGCCCAGCCUGCUCCAAGGCGCUGCAGCAGCUGCGCACAGGGCGGAAGCAGCUGCUGGGCCUGGCAGCUGCCCUGCUGCUGGCGGCAGCUGCCCAGCUGGGCAGGGGGGCACCGCCCAUCUCGGUGGCGGCUGCGGCGCCGGUUCUGGGCGCGCUUGCCUCUGUGUGGCUGUCGGAGAAGUUUGCCGGAUGGCAGGCUAAGUUUGUGUACAGCGACUACGAUCACACUGCGCGCGACUGAGGCCCCACAUCAUGCAGUUAACAGGUGUACACUGGGUGAAAGAGAGAUGAUUGGAGCCGAAGGGGUCUAGCAAAUUCGAGAGGACAGCUGAUUAUGAACGAGAACGCAGAUCCAUUGUAAGUGUUGAGAUUGGCAGCUACCAGCUGAGGUCAGCAAUUGGGCUCAUUUACAGGAUACUACCAUGUACUGCGGAAUAGUCAAAGAGCCGGCAAGAGAGAGUUUUUUGUGUGGACUGAUGUUUCUGAUGAACUGUUGGAGGAAUGCCUUCCUGAUGUGAGCAUGGAAGGAGUUGAUGCUGUGUACCAUACUGUAUGAUAUCGUUGUGCUGAUGAGAAACGAGGAGUUGGGUGCACAAAGUUGCCUCGCUGUGCCCCUUUUAUGUCUUUGUGCUGGUAAUUACCAUUUGCUUUGUGGAAUAAUUGAGUGAGUGAACCAUCAAAUUUAAGAUUCGAAAUGGCCAUUU